UCCUGGAAAGAACUUUUUCAAGUUUUUAGAUGAGGAAUAGCGUAAGAGGAGUGUGUGGCCGCUGAGUGAUUCUGUGAUUGUCAACAUCAAAAGAGUUUCUCUUGGAGAUAUUAUAUCGUCUGCUUUUUUGAAAAUUGUGGAAUUUCUUUGGAUUAGAAGCGAUUGUUACCUUGUGUGUUGGAUUGUUUUAAGAAUUUAAAGGAAGGAAUCAUGGAAAAUCUUUACGUAGGCCCUUCUUGAAAGAGCCUCAAGGCAAGAGUCCAACUGGUAGCCGACGAUGUUAGGCUUAUCGGACCUGUUUUAGUGCCGUUGAAGAGGGAAUGAAUGCUGCUGCAGGUCUGCCAGGAAUGUGGAACAAUGCAAUCAUUCAAUACAUGCAAACAAUCAUGAAAAGUUGUUGAAGGUGGCCAUGGCAUUCCUGCUUGUCUUCCUCAUGGUGGUUUUGCGCUGUGGUCUGAUUUCCACAGAAUAUUUGCAAGAGUUUGAGAUUUCGGAAGGUCUCGAAGUAGGAACAACUAUAGGUUUCAUUGGUCAUAGUCGGCCAGAGAUACCACCGCCUCCUUAUUUGAUUGUUCCGGUGCCCGGGAGUGCUGUGGAUUCUGAUCUCCAGAUUGACCAAUCCACCGGUGAAAUUAAAAGCAAUAAAAAUUUAGAUCGUGAAGUUCGGAGCUAUUAUUCUUUUGUCGCUAUUCCACUCAGUGGUGAGAAUAUUCGAGUGGAAAUUAAAGUCACUGACGAGAAUGACAACGCUCCCACGUUCCCUGUUCCUUUCAUGAACAUUGAGUUUCCCGAAAAUACUCCCAGGGAUAUGAAAAGAACGCUUCAUCCCGCCAAAGAUCUAGAUCUGGGUGUUUAUAAUACCGAAAGGUAUGAGAUCGUUACUGGGAAUAAGAACAACGCGUUUCGUUUGUCGUCUCAUCGUGGGCGGGACGAAGUUCUCUACUUGGACCUGCAAGUCAACGGAUUCUUGGAUAGGGAAACAACUCCAUUUUACAGCCUCGUCGUGGAAGCUUAUGAUGGCGGGACACCGCCACUCAAAGGUUCGAUGACAGUCAAUAUAACUAUCGAAGAUGUGAACGAUAAUCAGCCUAUUUUUAACCAAAGUCGAUAUUUUGCCACGAUCGCCGAAAAUGCCACUCUAGGUACCAGUGUCCUUCGCGUGCUGGCAACCGAUACAGAUAUAGGAGAAAAUGGCCGAAUAACAUAUUCUAUCAACCGCCGGCAAAGCGAUCGUGAAAAUAAAUUUGCUAUCGAUUCCAAAAUGGGCAUCAUAACAGUGAACAAGCCUUUGGAUUUUGAAUCCAAAGUAGUUCACGAGCUGGUGAUUGUCGCUCGAGACAACGGACAAGAAUUCUUCCUGGAAACGACGGCUUUCGUGUCCAUUCAUGUCAUUGACGUAAACGAUAACCAGCCCACCAUCAAUCUCAUUUUCCUCAGCGAGGACGCGUCCCCCAAAAUAUCGGAGGAUGCGCGCCCGGGAGAUUUUGUUGCAAGAAUCAGUGUGAAUGAUGCCGAUUCGAAAGAGGAAUACGCAAACGUCAAUGUUACCCUUCAGGGAGGCGAAGGAUACUUUGGAUUAACAACACAGGAUAGCAUCAUUUAUUUAGUGAUAGUGUCCCAUCCCUUGGAUAGAGAAGUCAAGCCCAACUAUACCAUGGUUGUCACGGCAACGGAUCAAGGCAAUCCUCCUUUAAACACGUCUCGGACGUUUGAUUUGUGUGUUACGGAUACCAAUGACAACGCUCCCGAAUUCGAUCACACCAUGUAUUAUGCAAAUGUUUUGGAAGUUGCUGAUCCCGGUACCUCAGUAUUCCAGUUGUCGGCGGUCGACCGGGACGAAGGCAACAAUUCGGUCGUGUCUUAUUCCAUCAAAGACACGCCUGAAACGAAUUCCCAGUGGUUCGAGAUUGACAGCCGGACCGGCCUAAUAACAACCCGCAUCCACAUUGACUGUGAGACAAAUCCGACGCCGCAAAUCACGGUCGUUGCCACUGAUAACGGUGUACCACCCCUCUCUUCGAGUGCGACAGUCCUUGUCACCAUCAGUGACGUGAACGACAAUGAACCCAUCUUUGAUCAAAGUUUUUACAAUGUGACAGUCGCUGAGGAUGAAAGUAUUGGAUCCUGCUUCCUGAAGAUAUCUGCAACAGAUGCUGACUGUGGUGUGAAUGCGAACGUGAAUUACACAUUGGGCAGCCUCUCUCAAGAUUUCAUACUUCAACCUAUCAGCGGAGAUUUAUGCAUAGCCAAACCCUUGGACCACGAAAGCAAAAGUUCCUACGAAAUACCCGUCUUAGCCACUGACAGAGGUGGUUUGAGCUGCACCGCAGUCGUCAAGGUCCAAGUGAUCGACGUGAAUGACAACAGACCUGUGUUCUACCCAGAAGAGUACAACGUGAGCUUGCCAGAGGGAGAACUCAUUAUCACGAGUGCUGUUAUCGUAGUUGUGGCCACUGAUAACGAUUCCGGAAGGUUUGGACAGAUAUCUUACGAAAUUAUAGCUGGCAAUGACGUCGGUCUCUUCCAAAUAGAUCAUCAGUCAGGUGAAAUAUUUGUAAUCAAAAGUCUGAGUGUCGAACGCUUGUACCACCUGAUCGUGUCAGCUAAAGAUGGCGGUGGUUUGACUGCAAACGUCAAGGCGAAUGUUUAUAUUAGCGUCUUUAGCUCCAACCAGCGUCCCCCCGUCUUCAAGCAGGCACGGUACAAUUUCUUCGUCCAGGAAGACUCCGCCCAAGAGUCCAUUGUUGGCAAGGUUACUGCCAUCAGUCGAGAUCCAAGAGCUGGACCUAUUCGCUAUGCUAUAUACUCGGGAGAUCCCGAAGGAUUUUUCACUAUAGACCCUGGAUCUGGAACUAUAAGAACAAAAAGAAGACUCGAUCAUGAAAAAUAUCAUUUUCUGUUGUUAAAUGUGCAAGCAGCUUGUGGAAGACCUCCCAUAUAUGGUCACACUCAGGUGAACGUAACCAUUUGGGACGUCAAUGAUAAUGCGCCACGAUUUUCAAGCAACUCGUUGAAAAUCAGCAUUCCUGAAAAUGCAGAUCUGAGCAUCCCGAUCUAUGUUGUGCAUGCUGAAGACCCUGACAGCAACAGGAACGGUGAGGUGCACUAUUAUUUGUUGGGGGACAAUCCCGACAACGUCUUUUUCGUAAUCGGUGAGAGGUCAGGAAGCAUUGUUCUGCAAAGAUCGCUCGACUAUGAAACCCGGCGCCAUUACAUCCUCAAGCUGAGUGCCACUGAUCUGGGAAGUCCCCCGCUUUCUUCCAAUGUCACGCUGAUGGUGGAGGUGCAAGACGUAAACGAUAACGCCCCUACAUUUGAAAAGAACGAUUUCAAAGUGAACGUAAUAGAAUCUCUAUCGGUGAACACCCAAUUCUUCCAAGUGACUGCUACAGACAUGGACACGGGCAACAAUGCUCGGCUCACGUACAAGCUGUCCUCCGAGGAAGGGGGCAUCAGAAAGUUCGGAAUAUUCCCCAACAGUGGUUACUUGUACCUCAAAGAAGAGUUAGAUCGUGAAUCUGGUGACGAAUAUACCCUGACUGUGACCGCUGCAGACAAUGGAAUACCGCCUCUAUCGUCCUCGACCCUUGUUUAUGUGAGGGUACUCGAUGCCAACGACAAUGACCCUCAAUUCGUAGAAGAUACUUUUCAAUUUGCUGUGGAAGAGAACCUAGAACCCGGCCAACAUGUUGGGACUCUGUCUGCACAUGACAAAGAUUUGGGCAACAAUGCUUCUCUCCGCUAUGCCCUCCUCAAUUCUAAUGGAAGUUUUCAAAUCAAUCCAGUGACAGGUGAAAUUUUUACAAAAGUAGUUCUGGACAGAGAAAAUUAUCCCAAAUACGAACUCACUGCAGAGGUAAAGGAUCAGGGAACUCCAUUUCGAUCUGACCGAGCUUUGGUGGAAAUCAAGAUUCUCGAUGUAAAUGACAAUGCGCCAGUAUUUCUAGAACCUGCAGAGUCCAUCAUUGAAGUCCUAGAGAAGCAACCGCUGGGCACUGAGGUGGUGCAAGUCAUAGCCGAUGAUGCCGAUCAAGAUGAGAAUGGCUCCAUAACUUACGAAAUCGCGAAAGGUUCUGAAAAUAUGGAUGGUUUCAACGCAUUUAGUAUUGACUCUGCAACUGGCGUCGUUAAAACCAGGAAAUUGUUGGAUCACGAGAAUGAAAAGCUGUACACUUUAACACUUCUAGCUCGAGAUAAAGGCUCUCCCGCACUUAGGAGUGAGCUGAAACUCCAGAUACAGAUAUUGGACUUGAACGACAACCACCCUGUCUUCCCUUCGACCAGCGUCUCUUUCAAAGUCAAAGAAGGUAUCAGUGUUGGACAAGAGGUGGGAGUGGUUCAAAUCGUAGACGAAGAUAGGAGACAAAGUGGACGCAUCAUGUACUCGAUUGUUGGUGGCAAUCUGUUCGAUACUUUUGACAUCAUUCACAGUACUGGAAGUCUGUAUACGAUUGCUGACGUUGACUUUGAGAAGGCGUCGGAGUAUCAUCUCCAAAUCAAAGCGUACGACAACAGUGCGGUGAAUCCUUAUAGCAGGGUUAUCAGUGUGAAGAUUGAGGUGGAAGACAUGAACGACUGCGCUCCGGUGUUCAAGAACGAUCCCGUGCUAUUUUCAAUACCCGAGAACACGUCACAAGGAACGCUGGUCUGGAAUUUCAGCGUCACGGACAGCGAUGGUGGUAUCAACGGGCAGGUGGCUUAUCAGAUUUCCCAGCAGUCCCCCACCUCUGCUUUUGAGGUUGACAAAAGAACCGGAGGACUCAGCCUAGUGGAUGGACUCGACUACGAAUCUAUCCAGGAAUAUACCAUCAUAGUCACCGCCACUGACCAGGCCCGUGAUGUGAAGCUACGAAUGGCCACGAGUGUCACGUGCAAGAUCCUCGUAGAGGACAAGAAUGACAAUUCCCCCAUCUUCAAAACUCAGAACAAAGUAACAGUUGUAGAGAGCGAGCCUCUCAACUACCCUAUUCUCCACGUCAUAGCCACGGAUAAAGAUUCCAGAGACAACGGUAAGGUGACAUACAUUAUAUCGAACGGAAACAAGGGUGGCCACUUUGCAUUGGACUAUGACACGGGAUUACUGACAGUCGCCAAGCAACUGGAUCGCGAAAUCAUCGAUUACUACGAAUUAAACAUCACGGCCAGUGAUCACGGUCGACCCUCACGAUCCAGUUUUCAAGUUCUCCACAUUUACAUCGAGGAUGCAAAUGAUAAUGCUCCCAAGUUCAAACAACGACUCUACCAAGCUAAUGUUUCAGAAGCUGCCCCUAACGGAACAUUCGUAACCAAAGUCCAAGCAUCCGAUGGAGAUCUUGGUGACAACGGAAAACUGACUUACUGGAUACCAAAGGGAGUGGCGCAGAAUAAGUUCUCCAUCAAUUCUCAGACGGGGGAGAUACAAACAGCAUCUUUGCUGGACAGAGAAGACCAAUCCUCUUUUCUGGUGACAGUUUAUGUGAAAGACGGAGCUUUGCCAUCCAAGCACGACGUCACGACUGUCAAAGUAGAACUCCUAGAUGUAAACGACCAUGCACCCAAGUUUUCAAGCGAUUCCUGCUACACUCUACGAGUUCCUGAGAACAGUGAUUUUAGUGUGAUUCAUACCUUAGUUGCGACCGAUAAGGAUUUGAAUUCCAACGCCGAAGUGACCUACAAAAUAACAGAUGGCAAUACGGGCAACAAGUUCAGCAUUGAUCUUCAUUCUGGUGAGUUAGCAAGUCGUAACCUGGAUCGUGAACAAGUGGAUCAUUACAGGCUAUUGAUUUCUGCGCAUGAUCAAGGUGAACCUCCGCUAGCCGGCAUGUGCAACAUCACCGUCAUUGUGCUGGAUCAGAAUGACAACGAUCCGCAGUUCGAACAGAACGAGUAUUCGGCCAUCAUAGCAGAAGACAUAGCAGUCAACAGCACCGUCCUCAUCGCCACAGCACAUGACCCAGACACUGGAGUUAACGGCAAGAUCACAUAUUCUCUUAGGAAUGAAAGUCAUUCUCUGUUCAGAAUUGACAGUUUCACGGGAGCCAUCACAACUGCUGGUACAUUCGAUCGAGAAAAAAAGACGUCGUUUGUGUUUGAAGUGCAAGCUACUGAUGGAGGACUGUACGAUGCACGCUCUGCCAGGGCUACCAUUCAGAUCACCAUUGCAGACGUCAAUGACAACAGACCUAUAUUCACCGACUAUCCCUUCUUGGCGUCUGUUUCUGCUCAUGCGGCACCUGGAACUCAACUCAUACAAUUGGAGGCAGAAGACAGAGACGAAGGACCCAACGGAGAAGUGUUCUACAGUUUCACAAGUUCUUAUUUGAGUGACCGGUUUCAUCUUGACACCGAUACUGGAAUAGUGACAGUGGCUGGAAGUCUGUUGGCCGAUGCUGGAAAAGUUUUCCAUUGCGAAAUCGAAGCCAGGGACAGGGGGCAAACUCCCAGAGUAGCCAGAGGAGUUCUGGAGAUUCAGGUGGGAGACGUUACCUACAACAGCAGGCUUCACUUCCAGAAUGAAUCGUACAACGUCAGAAUCUUUGAGAAUGCACCAUCUGGUAAACAAAUCGUCCAAGUAAAGGCAGCGUCAUCCUACGCUUCCAUUUCUUAUUCCAUUAAGAGCGGCAACGAAGAAAACUCUCUCAACAUUGACUCAAAGACGGGUGUGAUCACAAUUGGAAACUCGGUUCAUCUCGAUUACGAAGCAACCCAUCAAAUCAGAAUGCUGGUCAUGGCCUACAGCGAGGGAAGAGUGCCACUUCAUGGAUAUGCCACUUUAACCCUUCAGCUGAGGGAUGAGAAUGACAACUCUCCGUCCUUUCCUCAGGAACACUACGUUUCUUCAGUUUGGGAAGGAAUCAACAAAGGAACAUUUGUUACACAGGUGACGGCAUCUGAUGAAGAUCAAGAUGGUCGGGGAACCAUCAUCUACCACAUAAUAGAGGGAAACCAUGACAACGCCUUCAUCAUAGAUCCUCCAUUCAGUGGCACGGUAAAAACAAACAUUGUUCUGGAUCGUGAAAUCAGGGACACUUAUCACUUGACCAUUGUAGCAGUGGAUGAUGGGUCACCACAAUUGACUGGUACUUGCACUUUGCACGUUAACAUCAUUGACCUCAAUGACAAUCAGCCAGUUUUUCCCCCUCACAGUGUUGUCAGCAUUAGCGAAGGUGCCGAGGUCGGGACGGUCAUUACUACUAUCACAGCUAAUGAUGUGGACACGAAUCCUGCUCUCAUAUACAAUUUUGCUGACGGUGGCAACCCAAACAACUUGUUCAGUAUCGAUAGGUUCAGCGGUCGCAUUACCCUGGCUCAGCCAUUGGAUCACGAGAAGAACACACAGUACCUGAUACAGAUUUACGCUUCAGAUUCCUCACACGUGGCUGAAACUUCUCUGACUGUGCACGUGACUGACGUCAACGACAAUCCACCCAUCUUCCACCAGCAGCCUUACCAGGUCUCAGUUCCUGAGCUGGUGGAUCCUGGAUAUAGGGUGAUAUCUCUCAAUGCUACAGACAGUGAUUCAGGUGUGAACUCAGAGCUUUUCUAUAACCUCACUCCUUCAGUAACAUCCGGUUUCUUCAUUGAUCAAAACAGCGGUACUAUGUUCACCAACAAGUCUCUGACUUUCGAUCCCAAACAACACAGUGUCCAGGUCAUCGUUUCGGCCACGGAUAAAGGACUUCCGCCGAGGACGGCUGUCUCUGUUGUCCACAUCCAAGUGGUGGAUGUCAACAAUAAUGCUCCCAAGUUUGCCAACAACACAUACAGGACUCACAUUUCGGAGAGAGCCAACAGGGGUUCUACCCUAUUGAAAGUAUCUGCAUCCGAUAAGGAUAAGUCUUAUGCAAACCAUAAAAUUGAUUUUAGCAUCUCGGGUGGCAACGUUGGAAACGUAUUUGCAAUUAACGGAUUGAGUGGUGACGUCAUCCUGAUGAGAUCUUUAGAUCGAGAAGUGAAUGCCAAUUAUACCCUCAAGGUGACAGCAUCUGACAGAGGGAGUCCUUCCUUGAACUCAACGGUGGACGUCUACAUCAACGUCGAUGAUGAAAACGACAAUCCUCCCAUCUUCAAUCAAACAAUGUACCAGGCCUACAUAUCUGAAUUUGCUACCGCCGACAGCCAAGUCUUGCAAAUUUACGCAGAAGAUAGAGAUGCCGGCUCGAAAAUCGUCUAUGACAUCACGUCAGGGAACGAAGAAGGAAGGUUCAACUUGCAUUCCAAAACGGGAAUCAUCACGGUAAAGGAGAGGCUAGACUACGAGACUGAAUCCGAAUACAAAUUCAUCGUUAGGGCAACUGACAGUGACCCACAGAGGCCGUUGUCAGCUUUGGCCAUCGUUAUGGUGAAGAUAAUUGACGAAAACGACAACGCACCUCGGUUUCCUGUCACGAUGUACAGAGAGGCAAUCGAAGAAAAUUCGCCAACCGGAAGUCCGAUAUUCAUGGCUCAUGCAAUUGAUGCUGACCGAGGACCGUUUGGAAAACUUAACUACUCAGUGACCGAAGGCGAGGGGAAAGAGAAAUUUAAAGUGGAUCCUGAAACAGGCUUGAUUAGUUCUCUGGUGGUGUUUGACUAUGAAUCAAAGAAUCGGUACUUUUUCACUUUGAUGGCUGUUGAUUCUGGAGGAAAAUACACUACUGUUCAAGUGCAGGUGGAUGUAGAAAGCAAAGAUGAAUAUCCUCCAGAAUUUUCCCAGAAUUCCUAUUACUACACAAUACCUGGUGACGCCUCUGUCGGGUAUCUGGUUGGUAAUGUCCAUGCGACAGAUUUGGAUGAAGGUAUAGAUGGUAGAAUAAUAUUUCAGCUGCGCAAUUCACCUCCUAAUUUUGCAAUCAACAGUACAACGGGGAUUAUAACUGUCAAGUCAAUAUUUCACAGAGAAGGUUCUGUCAGAGUUAAGAGAGAUCUGAGGAAUCAACUGUCACUUUAUGUUUUCGCGAGCAGCGGUCGUCCUAACUCUUUGAGCAGCUCUGUUGUGGUAGAUGUCCUGAUUGAUUAUUCUCUGAACUCUUCUCGUUUAAGUGCGACUGAACAGAAAUUAGAAAAUAGUUUACCUGCUUGGGGAAUUGCUCUGGUGAUUGUUCUCUCCUUACUCGCUGCUGUCUUAUUGGGGAUGAUUUUUUUUCUUCGCAAGCGCACGAAGCAAGGUAUACCAAAUACUGUGCAGAGCUUUGACAACUCCUUUGACACAAUUGAUAUUCAUCACCCACCAUCAAGUACACCUGGAAUAUCGCAAUAUCCACCUCGCUACAGUGACAUCUCCCACUUUGAUCCGCCUGAUAAUGCCCAACAGAUGACGGGUGCCACGUCCGAGGUUUCAGACCAAUCACACUCUGCAUCGAGUGGCCGAGGCUCUGCUUUUGAAGGAGAAGAUGUCGAGGAUGAAGAGAUUCGCAUGAUCAAUGAAGGACCUCUUCUGCAGCAACAAAAGCUGCAGAGGUUGGGUCUCUCAGAUUCUGGCUUCCACAAAGACGACGAUAAUGUGUCAGAAAUUUCUGUCCACAACACUCAAGAAUAUCUUGCAAGGCUUGGCAUAAAUACUUCGCAAUCGGACGAUAAAAGUGUACAAGACUACAGUAAAAUAUCAAGCACAAGAAGUGUUGAAAGCAUGCACAUGUUCGACGAGGAAGAGGAAGAAGACGAUGAUGUGAACAUCGGUAAUUUGAUUUACCCCAAGUUGCAUGAUGUGGAAACCGAGGACACUGAGGCUAUUGUGGAUGAUACGAGGAGCUUCGGAUUUGGUGAAAAAGGAGAACCUUCUAUGACCUGCUCACUCAGUUCUAUCGUUCACAGUGAGGAGGAAUUGACCGGAAGUUACAACUGGGACUAUUUGCUUGAUUGGGGUCCACAGUACCAGCCACUAGCGCACGUGUUUGCCGAGAUAGCUAGAUUAAAAGACGAUAGUGUGCUAUCUUUCUAUGCAUCCAGUGCCCCAAAGACAUUGAACCCCCAAGUAAAAACAGUUCCACCGCCCUUAAUCACUAAUGUGGCUCCUCGUUCCAUAGCACCAGUUGCUUUGAACACUGGACAUCCUAGUCAGGUAGCUUCUCUCCCCACUUUACCUCAUUCUCCUAUCGGCCACGAUAGUACUUUUUCAUCGUCUGCCAUGUCACCGAAUUUCUCCCCCGCCCUCUCACCAUUAGCGACCAGAAGUCCUUCCAUAUCACCUUUGGUGUCACCUGUCACAAGCCAGAUAUUGGGACCAAAUGCGUCAAAUCUGGCGCGGACUCAGCGUUCCACUCUUGCUUCUUCUGGAUCAGAAGCAGAACUUAAACUAUGAAUUUUAUGAACUGUGAACUAUUUAUUCUAAUUCAUUUUGUUCGGUUUCAUGUGAAACGAAACUUCGAUCCAUUCCAUCAUUUACAUUCUUGAAGCAAAAACUUGAUAAUAGAUUUAUUAUUUAAGCAAAACAAAUUAUUCGAAAUCGUGGAAUUGAUCAGAAAGGGUACACUCGAAAUCGACUUUACUUCGAAUGCUAGUGUAAAGAUGUCUGCAAAGUUACAAAAGUUUUGGUUCGAAAUCCGGUAGCAGGAGAUAACUAUCGAAAGUUAGAAGUGAAUGAUGUUUCUUGAAGAUUAGUUAGCGUCAUUCGCAUCUCACUUUAUUGCCGUCGAAAUGAAACACUUUACUACGUGAAUUAGAUCAUCAGAUUAUUUAGAAAGAGGAGACGAUUUGCAUGAGAAACUUAAAAUUAGCAAUCGUUUAUCGAAUUAUUGUAAAUAAACAGCGCUUCUGACCUAUUUUUUUGUUAUAACAGUUAUGAAUAUACAGACAGCGUGCGCUCACUUACGUUGACUACGUUUUAUUUCAUUACGUUUUAAUUAUUCAAAUAUUGACUUCAUUCUGUUUCAUAAGAUUCAAUCAUCUGCUUCAUUCUAAUUAAAAAAAUUCAAUUCAACAUGUACUUAACAUAUUCAUUAAAUUGAUACUUUCUAAUAAUACUAGUAGAAAGUGACGCCUAUGUUUUUAUUUUUAAUUGUUCUCCUUUGAAAAUUUUACUAAAAUUAGUUUCGACAUUUACUUUCUCAUUUCACUUCAAAAAUAUGUUAGAACUAGAUAAAAAAUAAAAUUAGAAUCGCAGUUUUAAUGAGUAAAUUCGUUGCGAUUUUAAAAUUAUUUGAGCUUCGUUGAGACAUCUCUGAAAAAGUCAUAAAUUGUUUUUAAUAAGAAUGGAUUGAAGUUUGAAAACAUUUAAUGGAAGUUUCGUAAUGGACGUCUCACGUGUAUUUUUAGAAUCCAUUUUCAAACAUAUUGGAAGCCACAGAUAAAAUAUUUAAGCAAAGUAGAAGAAAAGCGCUAUUCCAGUGAGAAAGGUGGAUGGAAAAAACAUGAAAAAUAGUUUCAUUGCCUAGUAUAACUUGGAGGUGUUUCUGAUGAUCACCUAUCCACUCCCUUCUGUGUUUUAUAACAAUAAAAGAGGUUUUGCUGUUUGCAUCCUGCCUUCACCAAUAAUGAUUCGUUAGACUUUGAUAGUUUUUCUGUUCUUUUCUCUGCUUAAAUAUUAAUUGGCGGUCCGUAAUUUGCCUAAAUGUUUGGCAAAGAUUCCUAAAAAUAUAAUUUAGUGGCGGUCCAUACGGAAUACCCUAUUAUAAAUAUAAGAUUUUUUUUUGUUAUGAUUCUUAAGUGUGAAUGUGAGUUAUAUUGACAGAGAUGACGAAAGAAUGCGUUGAUUAAGAAGCAUAACUGUGAAAUAACUCACUGCCAGGCCUUUCUUGUUUUGCUACAAAUAAGUCUGAAAGGGAACAAUUAGUUUAUGUGUAACUGUAAUGAAACAUUUUGAUACAAAAAAAGUAAUUCUUUUUAAGGAACGUAUGAUUUUUCAUUUCAUUCCAUUUAGAUUCAAAAAAAAAAAAUUUUUUUUUUUUAAAAAAAACUCUGACUGCUAGAGUAGAAAGCAUAAUCAAUUAUUCGUUUUACAUAAGAAUACUCAUUUUUUGCUGUCUUAAGAAACUAUUCUAAGUAAGGCGUUUUAAGUCGUUCAUGUGUAAAAACUAAAAUGUGGUGCAGGGGCUUGACCUCGAAUUUUUAAAAUAAAUCUUAAUUUAAAACAGGCAUGUGAUUUUUUCGCUAAUUCGAGGAAUUCCCCGAAUCUCAAAACCGUUGACUCGCAGACUUCUGCGAAUUAAUAAUUUAUAUUCCGACAAAAUUUUCUCGGAGCUCUGGUAAUAUAAAAUUUUAUUUUUAUUCUUACGCUAAAUUUUGUUAAUGAGGCAUUCAUUUCACCCUUACCUUCACUCUCUUUUUUUUCGAAGUUCUCAUUCACAAGUAAUAACGCUAUUUUUAGUCCGAUUUGUUAGAGGAAAAAGCAACUUCGCAUAAACUUCGAGAAAAAUUAGUACUUAAAAGAAAACUACACAUCGAGAAAAAAUUUCUGAUAAUUUCUUUUUUUCAGCAAUCGCAUGUCAAUUAUAAGUUUGCCUUUUAAGGUAAUUACGUAUUUAUAAAUUUUAGGCUGUGAAAUAAGGAAUUUGUAAUGAUUGCAUCGAUAAAGAGAUUAUAAUAAUUGUUUCAAUCCCAUUUAAUGUUUUUGAUGUCAUUUAAUGACAAUUAAAUAUUUUUUUACUUAUACAAUUCUUUUAAAUGUUUUAGGUUUAAUGAUGUAUAUAUUUGAUUUAUUAUGUUUCCAUAUUUUAGUUCCUAUCCUAAAUUAUGUUUUUGCUAGUUCUAAUUUAUAUUAUUUUUAAGUUUCAUUUAAUUUCUUUUUAAAUAUGACGAAAUUCGAGUUUGUAAAUAAAUGUAAAUGGCGAGCGCAUGAGGUAGAAUGACGAAAAAAGAUGUAAAUAGUAUUUGUAACUACUUUGUGAUGUCUUUUUCCCCCUGCAAUGUAUAAAUUGUUCAUUUUUGUAUGUAAUAUAAGUUUUUGUUUGUAAAUGACACAUACCUGUAUGUACUUGUACGCAUUUGUAAAGUCAGAGAGAGGCCAAAUUUCCAAAGAUUUUCUCUUUCUUUUUAUGAAUAAUAAAUGUUUUUUUGAAACAA